GGAUUUACUUACUUUGGCAAGAUAGCUGCAUUGUGCACUGUAUUUAAUGUUACGUGUACUGUAACCUUGGGUCUCUCUCUGCAUUGCUGCCGUUAAAUCCCCAAUCCUGCCAAUCUAAGACUCCUGCCUUUGUUUACCUGCUCCCCUCCCCCCCAGACCCUCCCCCCCCUUACAUUCAUCCACAAUGAAUGUCAUCUUUAUUCUCUCAUUUCCUUUCACUCCAAUCUUACACUUUGAUAAAACUUUUGCUCUGUCUAUAAAUUAUCAGUUGUCAGCCACCUGAUUUUCCUCCCUGCUUUGGUAAUGGGACAACCUUUAGUCUUCUCUCUGGUGCUUUUCCUGUCGGAAUCAUUAAACACUUGGCAUUUUUUCCAAAUCGGUUCCCUACGAACUCCUCUGAUUUGACCGCCUGAUCUAGUUGUUACCUAUGCUUUAGUUCUUCUUUCCAGAUUUUCUUGACUCCUCCUGACCUCUGUCCCUCUGACUUCAUUCAAGAUAACAAUGUUAUCUCACUCCUCUUCCCCAGUGAGAUUGUAAGAUUGAUUUACCAUGGAAAUUUCUAGCCAAUAAGGAUAAUAUUAUUCUUUGCAAUUGUGAAUAGACUAGUCUUUAAUAAUUUUAAGCAGAUUCUUUCCCCGUUCUCUGCCCCCCCACCAAGAUCUUAAUUAAAAAAAUAAGUGCUAGACGUUAAAUUACUGCACAUUUCUAAGACAAAUGAGGUAAAGAAAGAAGGAAGGGAAGUAAGGUAUUUGUGUUGAGUAGGAAAUGGCCUUCCAAGUAGGCUAAACUGAGAUUCUUGUUGGGUUUGGCAUGGCUGUCUGAAAUGGGAGGUGAGACUUUGUUUUUCCUAGAUUCUGGAGCGUUCUCUUAAUCUCAGAUUUAGAGUAGGUUUUUAAGUUGGCUUAUUUAGGACUGUUGACACAGACACACAGUCAUUUAAUUGCCUGCUUUGGUUCAUCAUUUAGAGCGUGGGAAGUGUAACUUUUUCUGAUUGGAAGGUCUCCAUAUGCUCCUUUUAUCCGUUUCUAAAGUCCCUGCAGUUUCACUGAAUUCCAGUGUCUCCUAUAGUGGUGGUCAAUUUCACGUUUGAGUUCUCACUUUUUUUUUUUCUAUCUUAGUUGAUGUGUCCUAUCCAAACAGCUUCUCCUUGGAUCUGUGGAUCUUUUACUGAACCCAGAAGACCCUUCGCAGGUGUUACAGUCGGGUGAAAGAACAUGGUGUUGGGAAAAGAAAGAGCAGUUACACAUUUGAACAGUUGGAACAGGAGCUGGAGUCAGAUGGCAGCACUAUGGAGGAGUAUCCACAGGAGGACUGGGGAAACCACAGUCAGGAUCUCCAUGGUUAUCCAACAGAUCAGGAAUUGGAUGAAAUACCUGUCACAAAGAGAACAUUAAAAAUAAAACAAGAGUCUUCUGAAGAAGCACAGAAGAGAGACAUCAUGCAAAACAUUGUACAGAUUUUGGAAUCAGUACAAUUGAAAUGGGAACUAUUUCAGAGCUGGACAGACUUUUCAAGGCUUCAUCUUUCUAAUAAACUGGCCAUUUUUGGAAUUGGUUAUAACACCCGUUGGAAAGAGGACAUCCGUUAUCAUUAUGCUGAGAUCAGCUCCCAGGUGCCCCUUGGCAAGCGACUCCGGGAGUACUUCAACUCCGAGAAGCCCGAGGGACGAAUCAUUAUGACCCGUGUGCAGAAAAUGAACUGGAAAAAUGUUUACUACAAAUUCUUAGAGAUCACCAUUAGUGAGGCUAGAUGCCUGGAGCUGCACAUGGAAAUUGACUGGAUACCCAUUGCCCAUUCCAAACCAACUGGUGGGAACGUGGUUCAAUAUUUAUUACCAGGAGGCAUUCCCAAAAGUCCAGGCCUUUAUGCCAUUGGCUACGAAGAAUGUAUUGAGAGGCCCCCUUCACCGCACUUGGAGCGACGUCCUCUGGACCCAGGAAAGGAGGGCCGGGUUGACUUGGAGACCCUCUCAGCGCAAGCCUCAUUACAGGUGGAAAUCGAACCCACCCGAAUAAUCUAUUGCUACCUCGGGAUUGCUGAGGUCAGGACUCUCCAGCAAUGCUUAUUUUUACAUUUCCAGGCAAAUGCCAAAACCUUCAGCAAAGAUUGGGUUGGUAUUAAUGGGUUUUUAUCUCAGAACUGUAUCGUGGAUCCCGGAAUUUCCCCCAAAUCCAUCUAUAUCAAAUUUGUAGAAGUAGAGAGGGAUUUUCUUUCCGCUGGCUCUUUAGUCGAGUGCCUGGAAAAAGCCAUUGGGUACCCCUUAAAAUUUAACAACUGAAUGUCAUCCUUCAUAAGGAUUUGGGCUCUUACCUCCCUCUUCUCUACUCACUUGGCAUUACUCAGACUGCCUCUCAUCCAGAUGCUGCCAUCAGGCUCUUCAUGGGAACUCUUACCACCAUUGGGCCAGUACAACUUCUACAGAAUCAUACUAGACUUUGGGCAGAAAAAAAAAAAAAAAAAAACAGACCUCACCUGAAAAUGCUCAUUUUGAGCAAGCAAGAUAUACAGCGAACUUGCAUGGUGGGUUAGCUGUUUUCUUUUUUAAAAACAAAAAACAAUUUUUAAAUGGAUUUUAGAGCCCUGAUAUAAACAAAUGUAGGUACAUUCCAUAUUGGACAAAACUUAUACUUUGAGUUUCAUAUGAAAUUGAAAAAUUGUAUUUUUUUCACAAUGUUUCAUUUUUACACAUCUCUAUGUCUCUAUAUAAGUAUUAUUUACAACCCUGAAUAAAUAAGCAAUAGAUAAUGGCAAGUUAAAUCUUGAGUCACAGUAAAUAAGACUGUUUUUCAAUAUCACCCUUAGCUACGAUUGUAUAUAAUUUAGAGUCUCAUUUUUUUCACCACCCAAGUGUUUUGCUAUUCCCAAUCAGUGUUGCCUGCAAAGACCUUUGUUUCUGUGAUGUACCAACUUUACGGUUGUGUUGCCAUUUAAACUUUUUAAGAAAAAAAAUAUUAAAGUAAUUCUUGACCUCUUGGA